CGUCUGCCCACAUUCACCCGUCCAAGCUUAUAAGCCUGCCCAUCCUCGGUUGUUUACGCGAUUGCAUCCGUAUUCGACUAUUUACAAAGUCGGAACUCUGUCGCCAACAUUUCAACCUCUCAGGCACACUUUCGCAGCUCCAAUCGCAUACUAGACAGCCUCGAGGCUGCACAUCAAUAACCAUGCCCAUCAUGACGACUCGCGAUCGUCAGGCCUAUAGAGCCGACGAAUCCAAGGACCAUACGUUGUUGUCAGAGAAGGAGAGGCAAAGGAUGCUCAAUGUAUGGUCGCAAAGUGCGCAUGAUUGUAGUGCGCCAUGCUAACUCAUCGCAGUCUUAUCUCCCUAAACCCAACGAUCCUCCGCCUACUCUAGGCUCAAACUCUCGACCACAGCGACGAUCGCGGUUAGGACUUCGUCGCUUCGUCCUGAACCAAAUACACGUCCUGAUUUUUGCCAUUAUGCAUGGGAUCUUCUCUCUUUACAUAAAGAUACGCCAGACCUGGAACGUGGUGGGCUACCAGAUCUCAUCCGUCGUCAAAUAUCAUCAUGGUACACCGCAAUACAUCAAGAAGGACCUGGUUGGUCUGACGAAAAAGCCAAAGCAUCUCAGUGUUAUUCUGAAGCUCGAGGAGAAUCACCGCACAAAGGCUGAUGUCGAGAGGCUCCUUGACGAGGUAGCCGAGAUUGCGACAUGGUGCGCCUGCGCCGAGAUUCCGAUGCUUUCUGUGUAUGAGAAGACAGGGAUCCUCAAGAAGCACAUGCCCCGAGUCUACGAUGCUGUUAACCAAAAAUUCGCAUUCUACUUUGGCCCUGAGCACCCUGGUCUUAGUGUUACAUCACCCCAUAAGGAGGACCUCCCAGUGCCCUUUAGUGAGAAGCCCAGGGAGCAUCUGCGUCUGCACCUCAUCUCCGAGCAAGACGGCCGUGACUCCAUGGUCGAUCUCACCCGUACCUUGGCUGAAAUGUCGCAGAGGGGCAAGCUUUCUCCUCACGAUAUCUCCACGGAACUGAUUGAUGCUGAGCUUUCUGAGGGCAUCAUGGAUGAGCCUGAUCUUUUGCUUACGUUUGGUCCCUACCUCGAACUGUCAGGUUACCCUCCCUGGCAGAUCAGAUUGACUGAGAUUUUCUGUCUGCAAGAUAAUGAAAGAGUUGGAUAUCAGGUCUUCCUCAAGGCUCUGCAACAUUACGGCAGAGCCCAGAUGCGCCAUGGUAAAUAAGGAGCCUGUUGUAUACAUUUCCCUUUGUUGUUCGUACUUCAUAUACAUUUAGAAAUAAUCAUAUCCGGAGUCAUGGUUUCCAGAGCAGCAUUUCUCGGGCCUCCCUAUUCCAUCUGUACACUGGCCCUGUGCCUACAUUGUAGUUGUAGUAAUUGUCUGUUCCGCCUUUGACCAUCGCUCUUCGAAAAGUUAUGUUGAUCCUUCCGCCAUCUUCUUGGUUCUUCCCCGUUCGCUUUGGUAUAGAGUGCAGCCAGUUAGACUGCGUUCUCCCUCUCAUUAGGACCAUGUCACCACUUCCCAACGGUAGUUUGAGCGGUUUCGCAUUCACAGAAGGAGGGCUAGGAGCAUUCGGAGGUGGCGGUUUGUGCUUCAUAAGAAAAUCACGACGUGCCCCUAAUGAGAAAGAAGCGAUGGCUGGCUCACGACCCAGGAACUGCUCAUCAUCGCUGUGAUAGCUGAUGCUGUCGGAGCCAGAGGCGUAAUAGUUGACGAGGCAGAAGUUGUAUUUGCAGCCUGUAGCUAGUUCUGUUCUGUGACGAAGUUCAUCAAGGCAUUUUGGUAUAGGCCUGGGAGGAUAUCUGGCGUAUUGUUUAUCCAAGGCUCUCGAGCCUGUGUUGGUGUCUACUGGGAGACCUUUGUCAUUGAAGUUGGAAGUCUCAUCAAUACCAAAUACAGUUGUCCAUCUGAUAGUCGGCAUUAGCAUGGUUUCUUCCGAGAGAAAUUCAAGUUACCUUGGAGU